AGAAAAAACUCGGGCGCCGCUGCUGCUCAUCCUCCAGCUUUUCUUUCUUUCGCUUUAUUUGAAAUCCCUAGGUUUUCUCCUUCCUCUUUCCUUGAGGGUUUACUCAAGUGCUUGCUGUUGCUGCCGCUGCUGUGUGAGCCGUGCCCCCUUCCCAACGGGUGAAGAAAAAAGGCAAGAGGAGGAGGGCCUGGAUACUUGAGCCACUUUUUCUAUUGCUUAAGUGUCUGCAGGCAGGAAAGGCUCUUAUCCCCAGUCUUUUCCCAUCUUUCCCUGUUAAACUCGUGACAGCAGUCUGUUAGAUGUACAGAGUGGAGCGAGCAAGGACCUGAAUUGCUGGCUGGCUGGCCUUCAACCUUUUCUCUUGCCUCUACUCGUUUCUCCUCCUCGUGAGACCAGGCUCGUCGCCUCGUCUGCUUAAUCUCCUCGUCUGCAUCUUCCUAGUUCUUCUUCUUAUCUUUUCACGUUUCCAUCUCAUUUACCAUCCGGACCAACCAGUUGUUGAAAGUUGUUCUUCUAUCACUCCCUCCCUCCCGCCCACCACCCCUCAUCCUCCCUCCUUCCGCUAACCAGCCCGCCAGCCAACCUGCGCGUGUGUGUCGGGCGAAACCUGCCGAUUCACGCAAUCCAUCCAGUGCAGUCGGAGCUUCACUUGGCCCUUUAAGAGAGCACACAAUCGUCUGAAGUACCUCACAACAUACCUACUCGAUUAUAAGAGAGGGAGCUGAGGGCCUUCAGAAGCAGACACAUACAAGCAAACAUCACAGCAAGUACUCCAGAGCGACACAGAAAUCUCGACUUACCGGUCGUGGACAGUUUGACCUUCGGGAUCCUCUGCUGAGUGGCAUAGAUUUUUUCUUUGCCCACGCACAAUCACAGAGAUGGGAAGCACGGGCCACAUGAAGAAGAAGAAAAGACCAUGGACCCAGGACGAAGAUGAACAACUUUGCAGAUUUAUGACCAACAACGAUCAGGCGCUCUGCUGGGAGGAAGUUCCCAAGCUUGCAGGACUCUUAAGAAGUGGUAAAAGCUGUCGAACGCGUUGGAACUAUUUACGGCCACGAGCUCGAGAGUUUAUGGGCCUGGAGCUCUUCGGUCAGUGGGGCGAAAUGUCGGACGAAGUCGAUCAACCGAUGUCUGAUGAAUCAGAUGAGACGAAAUCCUACUACGACGAUGACGAACAAUCAGCCGAGAGCUGACUGUCAGCUAGAUGUGGGAGUUGAAACCUCUGACCGUUCGAAUUGAAUGCAUCUAUAAGACAUGUACACCACAUUUCCCUCAGCGCGGGGAGAAGUAGAACCUUGAGGUCCAGAGAAAAUGCUGACCAAACAGUCCAAUCAGCUGGUGCGGGCCCAUUAGUCAUACUUAGGAAGUAGAAACUAUACUGUUUUGUCAAGGGUAGCGGCAAAGAUGAAGAUCUUGCUGCGUUUAGUACAGAUAGGUAGAUAAAUCCAAGGGGCUCGGGCUGUAAGUUCUCUCGUCUCUACAGUUCACACUAUUUUUGCUCUCAUAUGAAAAGCUUCAUAUGGGCGAGAGUUCAACUUUCUUCCUUGGAUUACUAGCCUAGCAUAAUAGCUUUAGUUAUCAGAUAGAAAGCACCUCCUCAGCUCAUUGUUACACUGUAUGUAAUUGCGGCGGAGUAAACAGCGCU